GCAGAACAACUUACGGUUGUCAAUUGACCGCGUACUUUGUUUCCAUUUCGUUUACAGAUCUGAAAAAAAAUACUUCGCUCCAAAAAAUACCGGCUUUCGCUUAAUUACUAUUUCUUACCUGAAAUUUCAAUUGUAAUUUCUUGCGAGAAGUGUAAAAUGACGACGAACGGCGUUAAUAACGUCGACGAAUCAGACAUCACAGAAUGUGAUGGGGAAACGGUUGUAACUAUGAUGGAUGUUUUGCAAGAGCAACAGGAAUUUGAAGAAGACGCCAAUGCUGUGCUUGGAGCGUCCGACGAUAAAGAAUGCACGUAUUCGAAGGGUUACAUCAAACGCCAAGCCGUUUAUGCAUGCCUAACAUGUUGUUCAGGAGCCAAAGAUGAUCCUGCCUUGAGAGCUGGAGUGUGCCUUGCCUGCAGCCUCAAUUGCCAUGAGAAUCAUGAGCUUAUCGAACUUUACACUAAAAGAAACUUCAGAUGCGACUGUGGCAACCCUAAGUUUAACUCUCAUCCCUGUCAAUUUACUCCAAACAAAACUGAACUCAAUGAAGACAAUCAUUACAACCAGAAUUUCAAUGGCUUAUACUGUAUUUGCCAUAGAUCAUACCCUGACUUGGAGGCUACUGUGGAAGAUGAAAUGAUCCAGUGCAUAAUUUGUGAAGAUUGGCUCCAUUCAAAUCAUUUAGAAGCAGUUGUUCCUGCUAAUGACUUGUAUGCAGAAAUGAUUUGUAAAUCUUGCAUGGACAAAAAUGAGUUUCUGCAUGAUUACAGCCAACUUGCUGUCAAUUAUGAACAGGAUGUGGAUAUUACUACAGUUAAUGGAAUUGAGAAUUCCAAAAUUGAUGAUGCUAAAAGUCCUGAAUUGAUUAAUGGAAAACUCAACAACUCUGAUGUAAAUGAUUUUGAUGUGGAAAAAGAAGAAACAGAAGUAUCAGGCAAUAUUACUGAUCAAGAAGAUAAACCAGUAACUGAAGAUCAUAAGAAAACAAAUGAUGAAACCAUAAGUAAUUUAGAAAUUACAAGUGUAGAUUGUACAACUGAAACUUCUGAAAACCUAAAGGCAGAAGAAACUAGUGCAACUAUACCAAUGGACAAUGAUAAUUUAACAAGUACAAGUAAUUCUACUGAAGAACUUGAACAAAAUAAUAAACCACACACAACACAACCAAUAAUAGAAAUAAAAAAAGAAGUCGGUAAUGAAACAGAAUUAAAGACAAUUAAUUCUGAACCUAGUAUUCAUGAGAUGAACACACAAGAUACAGAAGAUCAAAAAGAUGAUGAAAACAAUCCUACAACAAAUACAAGCUCAGAACAAAGUGAAAGUAUUAGAGAACAAACAGAAGAAGUAUUAAAUUCUACCAAAAAUUCAGACCAUAACACAAACCUACUUGACACUAAUACAGGAAUCAAUACAAAUAAUGAUGUAAAUGAAAAUGGAUCGAGAGAUAGUGAUAAUAAAGAACUAGACACUGUAUCUUCUACUUUGGAGGGAGAAGAUAAUCAACCUACUGAAAGCAAUAAUUUAACGGAAUCAAAAGACAAUGUAUUGGAAGAAGUACCAGAAAAUACUAAUGCCAAAGUGAAUCCACAAGAGAAAAAUGAUUGUGAGAUUGACUCAUUAGAGGCUGCUACAAAAGAAUUGUCAGAAUUAAUGGAUGAAGGAGAAAGUAACCAAAGUAGCAAUACUGUAGGAAAAACUAAACCAAAUGAAGUACAAAAAGAAAAUAUUUCUGAAAAUCAAGCUACAACUGAUGUAAGUGAUAUGAGAGAUGAAGAUAUGAAUGGUGAGACAAACAAAAAUACUUCUGAUAAUGAAAAUAAAAUUUCUCACAGUACAGAUCAAGAUCAUAAAAGGAAAUUAGAUGAUACAACUGAAGAAGUAUUAGUAAAGAAACAAAAGCUGGACAUAAGUGAGAGUUGUUUAAGGCCUAGAAAUGUCAGAAGAACCAUCAAAGGAGCAGCUUUUUGGCCUUCUACUUUCCGCCAGAAAUUAUGCACUUGCAAUGAUUGUCUUUCUAUGUACAAAGAUUUAAGUGUACUAUACCUCACUGACUUAGAAGACACGGUGACAGCAUAUGAAGCCCUAGGAAAAGAAAAGAUUGAUGGAGGCCCAGCAACACAGUAUGAGAAAGGAUUACAAGCUUUAUCAUCCUUAGACAGAGUUCAACAAAUAAAUGCCUUAACAGAGUACAAUAGAAUGAGGGAUAAGUUGCUAGACUUCCUGAAAAGCUUUAAAGAUAGGAAAGAAAUAGUGAAGGAGGAAGAUAUUAGAGCGUUUUUCGCAGGAAUGAAACCGAGGCGGGAACCCGACGGCGUAUAUUUCUGCAGAUAACUUUUAAGAAUUAAUUUUAUUUGUUUCAAUUGUUUAAUUUCAACAGACUGCAUUCCUGUGUCGAUUUUAAUUUAUAAGUGUGCAUGGCUUUAUGAUUUAGAAAUUCCCUGACAUUCAUUACACAAUAUUCACCUAAAAUAUAUGAUAUAUUGGUAUAAUUGUAGCAUGUGUAAA